UCGCAGUGCGCCAAACCCAAAGGACACACUACCGUGUAGUAAAAGGACUUUUUGCCGCCCUCCAAAUAGUGAACAUGAAGCUGCUGAUUGCGAUCUUCGCCUCCCUUGCCGUACUUUGCUUGGCUCGACCACAGGGUGAUGUGGAACUGGUGCAGUUCACCAACGACAAUAACGUCGAUGGAAGCUACCAAUUUGCUUAUGAGCAGAGUGAUGGCCAGAAGCGGGAAGAAAAGGGAGAACUGAAGCCGGUCGAUGGAGCAGAGGAACCUGCGCUUUCCGUUUCCGGUUCGUACGAGUACACUGACCCCAACGGCCAGCGAUAUCGCGUAGACUACGUUGCGGACGAGAAGGGCUACCGCCCCACGGUGACGAAGCUGUAAGUGGAUUGAAGAGUAUUUAAAUCGACUUCAAUGUGGGGCAAAAAACUGUAAAA